AGCUAGGAGGGCCGCGCUAUGUCUCGCCAGAACGUGGUUCGCCUGUCCCCAAACACGCCUGCCCAUGCUGUCUGCGUGUUGGGUACUGAGAUCAUCUUGGACCUCAGUGGGGGUGCACCGGAAAACUGCGAGUUCUUCACCAUCAGUGGCUCCCAGAGGGUCCUACUCAGUGUGUCCAAUGUGGUCAUUACCAAGGAGGAGUGGGCCACCGUCUGUAAGCCCCUGUCUGAUGCCAAAUCCGUGCUGGUGAAGAUGGUAUCACCCAGUCCUGCUGAACAUGAGGACAAGGUUUUGGUCUCCUAUUACCGUUCCGAGGAGGAGAGUCCCACAGCCAAGGCUGUGCUAUACAUCACGGGCAUCGAGGCCUCCCUGGAGGUGGACAUCUACCGCAACGGGCAAGUCCAGGUGCCAAAGGACAAGCAGGCCAAGGACCAGUGGGUGUGGGGCCCCAACGGCUGGGGCCCCAUUGUGCUGGUGAAUGUCCGCCCUGCAGACCUGGGCCAGAGAGACAAUGGUGACAGCAAGGUGUUCUUCUCAGAUGAGAUAAAGAACCUGUCUCGGAUGACACUGAACCUUCAAGGUCCCAGCUGUAUCUUGAAGAAGUACCGGCUGGUCCUCCACACGUCCAAGGAAGAGUCGGAGAAGGCGCGCGUCUACUGGCCCCAGAAAGACAGCUCUGAUGCCUUCAAGCUGGUGCUGGGGCCUGGCCAGCACUCCUACACCUUGCCCCCUCUUGAGAAGCCUUUGAAGGAGACCUUCUACGUUGAAGCCACCGAGUUCCCAUCCACCAGCUUCCCGGGCCUCAUCUCCUACUCUGUCUCCCUGGUGGAGGAAUCCCAGGACACGUCGAUUCCAGAGACCCCAGUAUACAAGGACACGGUUGUGUUCCGGGUAGCUCCUUGCAUCUUCCUUCCCAGCACCCAGAUGCCCCUCGAGGUGUACCUGUGCAGGGAGCUGCAGCUCCACGGUUUUGUGAACACGGUAACCGAGCUAAGUGAGAAGAGUAGCAGCCAGCUGGCCUCCGUCUACGAAGACCCUAACCGCCUCGGCAGGUGGCUCCAGGAUGAGAUGGCCUUCUGCUAUGCCCAGGCUCCGCACAAGACCGUCUCCUUCAUCCUUGACACCCCUCGGGCCACCUUACUGGAAGACUUCCCGAUGAAGUACUCGCUGAGCCCUGGCAUCGGCUAUGUGACCCAGUGUACUGAGGACCACCGAGUAGCCAGCAUGGACUCCAUCGGGAACCUGAUGGUAUCCCCACCUGUCACGGUGCAGGGGAAGGAAUAUCCCCUUGGCAGGAUCCUCAUCGGCAGCAGCUUCUACCCCAGUGAGGAGAGCCGGGCCAUGGGUAAGCCCCUCCGGGACUUCCUCUAUGCUCAGCAGGUCCAGGCACCAGUAGAGCUCUUCUCUGAUUGGCUGAUGACAGGCCACGUGGACGAGUUCAUGUGCUUCCUCCCCACGGACAAACAGAGUGGGAGUGGAAAGGGCUUCCUGCUGCUACUGGCCAGCCCCAGUUCCUGCUACACCCUCUUCGAAGAGAAGCAGAAGGAAGGCUAUGGGGAUGCAAUGUUGUUCGGGGAUGUGAGAGGGGACCAGCUCCUUUCUAACGGGAGGGAGUCCCGAAGCAUCAGCAAGUUGCUCGCUGAUGAAGACCUGAGGAAGCAGAAUGACUAUGUGGAGAAGUGCCUCCGCCUGAACCGCGCCAUCCUGAAGUCGGAACUGGGCCUAGUGGAGGAGGACAUCCUGGAUGUCCCUCAGCUGUUCUGCCUGGAGAAGCUGACCAAUGUCCCCUCUGAGCAGCAGAGCGAGAAGCCCUUGGCGAGGCCAUACUUCCCUGAUCUGCUGCAGAUGAUUGUGAUGGGCAAGAACCUAGGGGUCCCCAAGCCCUUCGGGCCCCAGAUCAAAGGCACCUGUUGCCUGGAGACAGAACUGUGCCGCCUGCUGGAUCCCCUGGGCUUCAAGUGUACCUUCAUUGGUGACUUCGACUGCUACUUGACCGCCGUGGGAGACUUCUGCGCCUGCGCCAACAUCCGCCGGGUGCCUUUUGCCUUCAAGUGGUGGAACAUGAAACCCUAGGGCAGGC